UUUCUUUUGUCACAAACUUAACAUAGCAUUGAGGAAGAAUCAAACAAAAUGAUUUAGUCAGCGAUUGCUUGACAAGUUUGGUUUGGGUCGGAAAACUAUUUCAAACUGAUUCCUGAUGUACUCAGUUAACUUGUAAUUAAUCACAUGUUGAGAUAAGUUGCAAUUUUCAAGCACAAAUCAUAUUUAGUUGCUACAAACACAAAUUAUGAUGUGUUGUUGUUAAGUUUUUUAAACUGGAAAUUUGAUCUUGAUUUUAUUUGCAUUAACCAUAUAAUACGUAAACUUGGCAAGGAACAUUGUAGUUGUGUGUUAGUCAUGUACCAAAACAAAGUCUCUUGUGUGUACAUGACGGUGCUUAUCUAAACGUAGAAAUAGUGAAUCACAACCGGCAUCAGCUGCUAUCGACCAGUAUUUUAUUAUUGAAACGCAGAAAUCCACAUCUUAUUAAAUUUAAAUUCGCCACGUUAUAAGAUUGAGUGUUAUUUAGAAGUGAAUAGUUAUGUUGUUGAAUUUCAGCAUUCAAACAGAACGGAAUCGGGACUAUCUGGAGAUUGCACAACAGAUAGCAGAAAUCUAGAUAAGUGCAUGAUUGCUGGCUACGACCAUUAGGAAUAAUUCUAACAAAACUGUUGUAACGUUAGGAUUAUAAGAAAACAAACUGCUUUGCAUUGGAUCGCCGCAAUGUCUGGACCAAAAACUAUCUUUUCACUUCCAACUGAAGUGCUCGAGAUUAUUCUUCAAAACUUGGACUGGUAUGACCUGCAGUCUGCAAUGCUCGUUUGCAAAUGGUGGGGUGCAACAGCGUUUGUGGUACGAUCAAACGCAGUGCGAUUGAACAUCGUACCAUUUGUAAGGUGCGAUGAAUAUCAAGAUUACAAACUGGAAAACUACCACCAGACGCUUCUGCUGAGCCGUCGAUCGUACAAACAUAUAGCAGUGUACUGGGGCAAUUGGGAGAAAUGUCAUAAAACUGAUCAAGUCAAGGAUCAGAUGAUUCUGGAUAUUAUUAAUCGAUUCCAACAAACUUUAGUUUCUUUGAAAAUAAUAUCCAGAAAAUAUAAUAUGGCUUCAUGGGUUUUGUUAGAUUUACUGAGAUCCUGCACAAAUCUAAAAAUAUUAAAUUUGAAUGAAAUGCAGGUUGAGUCCCUUCGCUUCAGUGUGAAUGAAUCGUUUAGAACCAGAAUUCAUACACUCUAUGAUUCUCGUCAAUUGAUCCGUAGCAUCUCGCGAGCUCCGAACCUGUUUGCCAACGUGACCACUUUGCAUGUGAAAAUAACUCCUUCCAACAAGCUGACAGGCCUGUUUCACAAACUGAGCCCACAGCUAGUGAAUCUUACUUUGGGAUGGGAUCUCGAUUGGCCGGAUCACCAGCAUGACAUAUUACCCAUGGAGAAUUUCCCACGAUUAGAAACUCUGGCAACGCCGUCAUUUGGAUCGAUUUCGCAUCUGGGGCGGUUCCUGCGAAAUAUUCCAAAACUGCGAAUGCUUAUAUUGUUCCUACAACAAGACGGGGAUACUUCUGUUCUCCGAUGGGUAAACCAAGAGCAUCUACGACAUCUAGUCUUGUGGCCUCAGGUAUUGACCGCAAAAAAGUUUGCGCACAUAACAAGGUUUUCAAGUUUAGAGAGCCUUACUAUUAGAGGAUGCUAUGCUGAUGUUCCAAACAAACUACUACAAGAUGCCCCUGUUUUGCAAAAUGUGAAACGCCUUGCUAUAAAAGAACAUGGUUGGCCGCUGUUUUCAAAUGAUUUACUCAAGUAUUUUAAUAAUUUGACUGAACUGGAGCUACAUGCUAAUAAAAACUGGAACUCAUCUGAUGCGCAAAAUCUGAAUGGAGUCACGUCACUUAAACGAUUGAUCAUUCAUGAGGGAUUAGACGCUUUGGAAGGUUUCAUGGAGUUUUGCGCAGUAUUAACAAUACCAGACUUAACUCUGAUUACACAAGAAACUAUAUUCAACGAAACCAAAUCAUUCAAGCUAUCAAUUCAAGCACCAUAUAUUAGAAAACUCUCUGUGUAUGCUUAUAUGAUUGAUUCAAUUCUAUACGAACCGAUGUUGGAAUCAAUGCCUAAUCUGAGAAGGCUUGAGCUGACGUUGCAGAUACCAUGCGAUGAUGACACUUAUAAAAGGAUUAGCCAAAAGUUUCCAUCCUGUGAUACAGUGCGAAAAUACUUUCGACGUUAUGACUCUGCCUUCGAUGUGUACGAGCGGUUACUACAAAAAGAAGUUGUUGCGCCAAAAUGUGCUCUACAGUGAACGACAGCUAUAAUCAAUUUGAUACACAUACACUGCACGUUUUACAUAUGACGUGAAAGCUAUUCAUUUGUGUGAUUUUGAGAAUAAUACAAUCUGCAGCGUUGUACCACUGAUUAUAUCUUCAUUAAAGUGUUUAUGGGUUGAAAUACUUUAAAUAUGCGUGCGAUAUUAGCUCUUAAAUCAAUUUAUGGAUCUUAUUUAAUUAACAGGAAUUUUAAAAUAACAUUCGUUGUCUAUGGAUUUAUUUGAAAAACAAUAAAGUGAUUUUACCAGCCUUGUACCAUAACAAUUCGGUCACAAUUUGAGGUCUUGUCCCGUGACUUGAUUAAGGGAUAACAUAAAAUUCCAGCUAAAA